AUGGGAUCUGCGCAAUCUACGACACGGGCCGAAGGCGCCGAGUUUGUCCUCCCACCCUUCAGCCGCGAGAUCACGACAAGCUCUCCGGAGGCCAAGAAGUGGGUUGAAGAUGGCAUAGUUUGGUGCUACGCCUUUAAUCACGCCGAAGGGGCGCGGUGUUUUGAAAAGGCCAUCGCUGCUGACCCAGCCUGUCCCCUUGCCUACUGGGGUCUCGCCUUUGCCCUAGGUCCCAACUACAACAAGCCGUGGAAGCACUUUAACGGAGACGACCUCAAGCAAACGGUUGGCCAGGUGCUUGAAGCGCUGAAAAAGGCUGAGGCACUGUCUUCAAAGGCCACUCCCGUUGAACGUGCCCUCACCAGCGCCCUGCGACAUCGCUAUCCUGAUGACGCCGAUGCUACCAACGACUACAAGGUCUGGAACCGCGCAUAUGCUGAGGCUAUGAAGCCAGUGUAUCAAGAGUUCAAGGAUGAUCUUGAUGUCGCGACACUAUACGCGGACUCUCUCAUGAACCUCACACCUUGGGCCUUGUGGGAUGUGCGGACAGGGAAGCCGGCGCCUGGGUCAGAGGUAUUAGAGACACAAGAGGUGAUUGAGAGAGGACUGGCUCAGGAUGGUGGAUACGAGCAUAUAGGCCUUUUGCAUGCCUACAUUCACGUCACCGAGAUGUCAGCCGAGCCUGAGAAGGGUCUUCUCGCGGCUGAGCAUCUCCGUAGAUUGGCAGAAGAAGCAGCCCAUCUCGCACACAUGCCAUCGCACCUCGAUAUCCUCAUCGGCGACUACCGACGAGCCAUUUCUGCAAACACCAAGGCUGUCCUGGCUGAUGAGAAGUAUGCGGCUCUCCGUGGAACCGGAGACUUUUACACUGUCUACCGCAUGCACGACUACCACUCCCUGAUUUACGCCGCCAUGUUUGCGGGUCAGUACGGGGUUUGCAUCAAAGCCGUAGAUCGGAUGGAGGCGGCGCUUCCAGAUGAUGACCUGCGGCCCAUGGCUGACUGGUUGGAGACAUUCCGGUCCGUCCGUCCGCAUAUUUUGAUCCGGUUUGGCAAGUGGCAGGAACUCAUCGAUCUCCCGCUUCCUAAGGACCAGGAGCUUCUAUGUGUGACGACGGCGACGAUACACUAUGCCAAGGGAGUGGCCUGGGCGGCGACGGGCAAUGUUGAGGAGGCCGUCAAAGAGCGGGAGCUGUUUCUCGCAGCCAAGGCGAGAGUGCCUGCUAAUCGGAUAGCGUAUCCCAACAAGUGCUCUGACGUUCUGGACGUAGCCGAGGCUAUGCUUGACGGCGAGCUCGAGUAUCGCCGGGGCAACAUUGAGCUGGCAUUCACGCACCUCCGCAAGUCGAUUGAACGAGACGACGGCCUGCGUUACGCCGAGCCAUGGGCGUGGAUGCAGCCCGCGAGACACGCAUAUGCUGCCUUGCUGAUGGAGCAAGGCCGUAUCGAGGAGGCGGCCGAGAUAUACCGGACUGACCUUGGACUGAACAACAAGCUAUUCCGAGCAAGACAUCAUCCUAACAACGUGUGGGCAUUGCAUGGAUAUCACGAGUGCGCGGUGAAGCUGGGCCUAAAGGGCGAGGCCAGCAUCAUCAAGCAGCAGCUCAAGACGGCCAUGGCGUUUGUGGACGUACCCAUCGAGUCGUCGUGCUAUUGCAGACGGGAUGUGGUGAAUGAGUGCUGCGGAAAGACCAAGAUCUAA